AUGUUCUUGGAAGGUUUUCGUUUACAAAUUUUUGUAAAUGGUGAACCAUUAAAAGAAUAUAGUGAAAAAUAUAGAGAGAAUAAAACGAUAACUACUACAGUAUACGCAGCAGUCUGUAAAUCAGAUGAAAAUAAAAGAUUCAGUAUAAAUUUUGGAUAUACAAAGGCAAAAUAUUCGACACCAUUAAAAGCCUAUUUGUUUGUUGAUGGAGUUUGGGAUUAUACUUAUUACCAAAUUUAUGAUAAUUGUUAUUAUGUUGAGGAUGGAUUUUGGAAUCAAGAAAGAGAUAAGAAGUUUUAUUUUGAAUUCUUUACGUCGAAUAUGAACAAUGAUAUUAUUGGUAGUGGCAGUAAGAGACGAAGAGGAAGAAUUGAAAGAAAAGGAGGAAAAGAUGUUAUUAACGGUGAUGACAAUGUUGAAAAAACAAGCAGAAUCGAAAGUAAAGGAAAAAAUAAAAGAAUGGAAAAAAGAGUGGACGAAGAAGAAGAUAUGGAUUAUGCUUAUAAUAUUCAUAAAGACAAUAAUAUUAAUGAUCUCAUUAAUCACAGUCAUAAUCAGAGAGAAAAAAGUAAAAAGUAUACUGGAGGCGGACCUGGAACAAUAUCAGUACAUUUUUAUAAAGCAGAAUGGCAUGAAUAUGGCGUUGUGAAAGUACCAGGUUUUGAUGUAUCGCAACAAAAAGAUCAUAUUAAAGAAACGGCAAUUAGCACAGGGUUUAAAGAGUCAAAACUUACGAAAAAAUUUAUAACAAAAGGUUUUUGUAGUUUGAAACGAUUAAGCGAUCAGCCAAUUGCUGUCUUGAACCUUGAAUACCGAGACAUUAGUUAUCUUAAUAAUAUAAAUGGUUAUAAACUUAGAGACAAAACUAAAGUUAGAAGUAAAUUACCAGAUAGAAAUAAAGUCACCAAAAAAUUUGAUCCAAAAGAUAUUAAUCGUUUAUUCAGAGAAUUAAAAUAA